UGAAAUGAGUUUCUAUGCUAUGUUCAUUAUUUCAGAUACCAUCGUGGGCUUAGCAGCAGGAGGGGGACUGUUACUUGUUUCAGUGUCCUUUAUUAUUGUUGCGAUCCUCUUAAGGCACAGGAGAAGAAAUAAAAAAGAAAAUAAAAUUCCCAAAGAAACAUUAACUACAUUUACAGAGCAUACAAAUAAUGGAUAUGAAUAUGAGCACAAUCUACCGGACAAUCCUUUGUACCAUUCCUCUCAACAUGCUGACGAAGUAGGCUAUUCCACAGUAGAGGAACAAAAGCCCAGUCUUCCUGAUCCAACGAUGAAUGAUAGUUAUCAAACGCCCAACAUUUACGAUACACCAGUAAAACGGGAGACGGCAAAUGACAGAGACACAAAACAAGAACAACCUCUGUAUGCAACUCCUAAAAAGAAUCAAAGUAUUCCAGUUAAUUAUACUGGUGGAGAUAUGUAUGCGCAAGUUAACAAACCAAACAAAAACGCGAAAAAUAGUCCUGUUCGCACGCAAAAUCAGGAUGGACUAGUUAAUAUGGAAGUUGAUCACAGCAGAGAUUUGAAUAAUGAAAACUCGCCAUACACAAAUGACUACAGCUCCGAAACUGUAGCCUAUGCAGAAGUUAAAACUAAAUGAAAGAAUGAGUUGAAUGGAUUUCUUUACCUUAACGAAAGCAUAAUAAUUUUUUUUCACUUGUACCAGUAGAGAUCAAGAGUAUUAUCGAAACUAGUAAUUAUUGAUUCAUUCUCAUCAUGAUCAUAAAUUUGUUGUAAGCAAUUUUCUUCAUUCUUAAAUUUUAAUCGUCCUUUUUAUAGAGAAAAUAAACUACUGAAAAUUUAGCCAUUGUGAUA